AUGGUUAAAAACGAACAGCCAAGAACUAUUAAUUCUACAAUACGAACUACACCAAGUGCACCUAUUCCUCCACCUCCUCCUCGACCACAAGCACCACCACCUCCACCAACACAAUUAAUAACACCUAUGUUUUCAACGGCAGUGUUAUCACACCGAUUAAUUGAUCCUAAUGCAAUUGAUAUAACAUCAUUAAAAGGUCAAUUCGCAUGGGAAAAAGUACCACAAAGUGACACAUAUGUGCCUGUGAUAUUUCGUGGUGAUACAAAAUAUUUUUGUGUUCGAAUGCUUCGUAAAAUUCUACCUGAAUAUCCGGAAGAUAUUAUACGUCGUGCCUAUCAAUAUCAAUAUCGAAAAACAAUUGAUUUAUAUUCUGUGACAGCAUGUGAAGUCGAACUAUUAAAUAGAAUAAACAGUCAACAUUCACGUUGGGCAUUUUCUCGACAACCAUUUACUGCACUCGAUGAAAUAGUUCGUGUUUCGGAUUUUACACCCUUUUAUGAAUAUCUUCGUCAUGGGACAAAAUCAACAUCGGCUGUAUCAAAUGUAACAGUACAUACAUUACGACAAUUAUUACCACAACCACAACAGACUGUACAACGAGCGUCUGAAAACGUAAUUAAUAUGCCAGCAAUUAUACAAAGACAAUUAACAAUACCACAACCAAUACCUGCUCAGAUACAAUCAUAUACUCCGUCAACAAAUUUUACUCGUGAAACUAUGUCAUCAACAUCACGACCUAUCGCACCAACACAUAAUGUACGACAAUCAAAAUCUAUUGGAAAUCCUUAUGCUGUUUUAUUGCCAUCACGAUUACCACAACAGAUACCAUUACAAAUACAAUCAUCAGUACCAACGUCAAUAAAUAAUACUAUGGCAAAAGCUUCAGAUAGAGUGCUUUCGACUACUUCAAAUGUAACUCCCGUAUCAGUAUUAUCAUCAGUUAACAGUUCAUCUACAUCUUUAUCUCCUGCUGUAUUAUCAUCCAUUAAUAAUUCUCCUCCUGCGUCUACAUCUCCUGUUGUACCACAACCAUCAACAACAUCCAUGGCGACAAACAUUAAUAGAAAACCUUCAACAGCAUCUAUACCAUCAUCUUUAUCAAUAAAUGGUAAUCGAAAGCCAUCUACAUCAUCUAUAUCACCAUCACCAUCAUCAUCAUCAUCAACAACUACAACAAAUUCAUUAUCAUCAUUAUCAAAAGCUUCUAGUUUGCAUUGUGGUUGGUUACAGAUAAACAAACUUUAUACACCAUAUAUAUCAACAAGUGCAAAAAAUCAUUUAUAUAAAUUACCCGUUAGUCUUUUAACAUUUUAUGAUCUUCUAAAAGUUCCAUCAGCUGAAACAAAUGAUUCACCAAAUGAACCUUUACUACCAUUUGAACAAACAAAUGCUUCACCACAAGAACUUGAAUUAAUCAAUGAACUUUGUAUUAAACAACAUAUAAGACCAUUUGGUACUGAUACUAAACUUAUUGAAUUAUCAACAUUUUAUCAAUAUACAGCAGCAAAUAUUCUAUUUGUUAAAGAAUUACCAAAUGAAGAACCAAAAUCAUCUAUUUGUAAAGAAUGGGCAUCAAUCGUACAGACAAAUGGAGGAAUUUGUCUUUUACGUAAUAUAUCAACAUUACAAGAACAAACUGUACCUUUUAUUGGAAAUAAUUUAUUGAAAAAUUUUAUUCUAUCAACACAUUGUUUGUCAACAGCAUCAGUAUCAAAACCUACAUCAUCUGAAUUGGAAUUUCUUCAAUUAAUACUUUUUUUUAGUAAUAUGUCGAUUAAUUUACGUAAUGCACAAUUAAUUGAUAUUGAAUCUGUUCGGAAAGAAUAUAAUGUUGAUUUAAUACUUUUAUUUAAUGAUAAAUUUCCAUUAAACGUACUCAAUUAUCAACAAGGUGGUAGUCGAUCGAAUUCAUCGCAAGGAUCUGUAAAAUCAACAAAUCCAACAGCACCAACAAAUACGAUUGCUGAAUCAACACCACCACCAUCGCCUCCAUCUCCUCCAAUUAAUCAACCACAAUCUACUAGUACAUCUCAAUUACCAUUAACACCAACAACAAAUCGUUUUCAUAAAACAAUAGAAUUUCAUGGUCAUACUCUAACAGCAUAUAUCUGUUCUGGUCUUGGAGCAAAUACUCAACGUGAAUGUGUUUCAAUAAGAUCUCUAUGUAAUAUUCUUUGUCCAAAUUCGACAUCUCCUGAUAAACUUGAAGUAAAAAUGUUACCUUUAUUACGAUCAAAGAAUAUCAAUCGAUUUCGACCACAAAAUCAACAAUCACUUGGUGUGACACGUUUAAUUGAUAUACAAGAUGCUGAAAAACAUUGGACUUAUAUUGAACAAGAAAUGCAUUCAAUUUUUAAUGAUAAUGAAAAAACAAAUAUUCAAACAAAUACUUCACCAAUAUCAAAUGAAAAUUCGAAGGCAAGUACAGUGGUGGUGGCGGAGAGAGUAGAAAAUGAUGAACAACCAUUAUUAGAACCUUCUAUUGAAAUAAAUAAAGGUGAAAAACGAUCAUUAGAGGAACCAUUAGAUGAAGAAGAUAUACCCGUUUUGGAACGACUUAAUAAACGUGUAAGAUUUGCUGAAAAAGAAAAUAAUGAACAAAUAAAUGAAACAUUAAAGACUUCAACAUGUUCAGUGAGUAAUGGUAAAACAAAAACUGAUGAUAAAUUAUCACCAAAAAAACGAACAAUAAAAAUAACGAAACGAAAUACGAAAAAACGAUUAUUACCUUCAUCUCGAACCAAUAGACAGACAAAAGCAAAAUGGGUCAAAAAAUAUAAUAUUGAAGAUUGUUGUAUUCAAUUAAUUCAAUACGAUCCAGUUUAUGAUACCGAAAAAGAUUAA